AUGAUUGUAGCUACUGAAAUUGCUCACUCAAUGAGCAAUAGGAAAGGGAAAAGGGGUUGGUUUGCUUUUAAAAAAGUUAAUUUGGAGAAAGCUUACGGCAAGCUUGAGUGGGAUUUUAUUAGGGUAUGUCUCAAAAGCUUUUACUUUGAUUCUUCUUCCAUUGACCUCAUUAUGAGUUGUUUCUCUUCUGUCUCCACCUCCAUUGUCAUAAAUGGCUCUCCUUCGGAUCCUUUCUUACCCUCAAGGGGUAUUCAUCAAGAUGAUUUAAUUUUGUUCGGAGAAGCAAAUGAGAAAACCCUGCAAUCCCUCACUGACACCCUUUACCUCUUUGGCCAGGCCUCGGGUCAAACCAUCAAUUACUCAAAAAGCACCCUCAUGCUUUCCCCUAACACUCAACCUUAUCUGGUGGAUUUAUUUGAAACAAAUUUGGGGUGUAAGGGAUGCUCGUCAUUAGGAACUUACCUUGGCUUUGACCUUAAUCACAGAAGGCCAUCUGUUUAUCAAUUUCGCAAAAUAGUGGAAAAGGUCAAAGGUAAAUUGGCUUCUUGGAAAACCAAAUAUUUGUCUAAAGCUGGGAGAUUAACACUCAUAAAAUCUACCCUUUCAUCCAUGGCCAACUACCAAAUGACAUGCAUUAAGCUUCCAAGUUCUGUGGUUAAUCAAAUAGAGGGAGUUGCAAGAAACUUUCUCUGGCAGAAGGAAGAGAACAAGAAGGGGAUGCACUUGGUGGCUUGGGAGAAAAUCCGCAAACCCUUAUGGGCGGGGGGAUUAGGAGUUAAGAACCUUCUUCUAACAAACAAAGUUUUCCUUACAAAAUUAUGUUGGAACUUGGCUUCCUUCCCUGAUAAUAUUGCAUCUAAAAUGAUUGCCUCCAAGUACUUUUCUGCAGGGGUCACUCUUUCAGCUUCAAAAAGGGGUCUUACAUUUGGAAGGGUCUUGAAGAGGCCUGGACUUCAUUCACAGCAAACUGCAGAUGGGCAGUGGGGUCAAGAGAAGCAAUAA